CCGAGCCAUUAAAGUGGACCCCACCCAACACCCAGAGCUAAAAUAACCUCCGCUGUGGCCGCUCUCCAACUUCACCGGCACUGUCACCCUCCCCAGAUCUCCGACCAAUCACAAUUCUUUUUUCUCACUGCUCUUUCUUUUCUUCAUCACCACCAUUCGCUUCUCAAUCAACAAACCCCAGCUUUUCUGAACAUUUUUGGACCUAACUAACGAUGACAAUUCGAUUUUUUACCAGAUCGUUUUCAGAUCUACACAGAAUACUUGGUGUUGGUUUUUGACUUUUGGUGUUUUGGAUCAAAAAUGGCGUCGAGGAAUCGGACAAUCUUGUAUAAGAAGUACAGAGAUGCACUGAAGAGCGUUCGUGUUCCUUCGGGUUCUUCCACGUCCUUUUCAUCUCCCUCCUCGAAUUCUGGAGGCCCUGUGAUCGAAUUGUCGACCUCUUCGCUUCUUAAUCCCAAUCGCUCUUAUGCUCCUCUCAGUACAGAGGAUCCCGGAGCCUCCAGUAGAGGUGCACUGACAGUGGGUCUACCUCCUGCUUGGGUCGAUGUGUCUGAAGAAAUAGCAGCAAAUGUGCAACGUGUGCGGGUGAAAAUAGGUGAGCUAUCCAAGGCUCAUGCCAAGGCUUUAAUGCCCUCAUUUGGAGAUGGUAAAGAAGACCAAUGCAGAAUUGAGGCUCUUACUCAGGAGAUAACUGGUCUUUUAAAAAAAUCAGAGAAGAGAUUACAGAGACUCUCUGCUGGCGGGCCUUCUGAGGAUUCAAAUAUUAGGAAAAAUGUGCAGCGCUCUCUUGCCACUGACCUGCAGAGCCUUUCGAUGGAACUUCGCAAGAAACAGUCAACUUAUUUGAAACGCCUGCGGCAACAGAAAGAGGGUCCCGAACCAGAUGGGGUAGACAUAGAAAUGAACUUAAAUGGAUAUAAUUCCCGAAGAGAAGAUGACGAAUUUGAUGACAUAGGGUUUAAUGAGCAUCAAAUGGCUAAGCUAAGGAAAAGUGAGGCAUUCACCGCAGAAAGGGAGAGAGAGAUACAGCAGGUUGUGGAAUCAGUAAAUGACCUUGCUCAGAUUAUGAAGGAUCUAUCAGUGCUCAUCAUUGACCAGGGCACUAUUGUUGAUAGGAUAGAUUACAACAUUCAGAAUGUUGCAGCAUCAGUCGAGGAGGGCUUUAAACAGCUGCAGAAGGCAGAGAGAACACAGAAACAAGGGGGGAUGGUGAAGUGUGCUACAAUUCUCAUUAUCAUGUGCUUCGUUAUGUUGGUCCUCUUAAUUCUCAAGGAAAUAUUUUUGUGAUUGGGAAACACACUUCUUCAUAAAUCUUGCUUCAAGUGUUUGUUUGUGAGAUUCUUCUCUUCAAAUUUAACAUGCCGAGACAUGCUGGCACACGUCCUUCAUUUUGGAAGAACGGGGGAUUUUGAAUUGCCCCAGGUAGAUACACUAGAUUAAUUUUCUUCUUCUUCAAAUUUUUUAUUACAUUCAAAAUUUACAUGCCGGUGUAUUACUUGUGACUACUAUGGGUCCAUGUAUAGAGCAUUUAUUGUAAUUUGGCUAAGUGAGGAGGGUCUUUUGCCGAUAGACCGGGUGUGAAUUCAUUAGAAUUACCCCAACCCCAGGUGACUUUGUUAUUUUGUCACAAAUGCUCAUUUUUAUGAGGCGAUAAACUUAAAUAUUUUGUAUUCUUUCUUGAAAUAAAAUGGAAUGUUAUCCUAUUUUAGGAGCUCAAA